AUGCUGACACGACAUUUGACAAGUAAAAUAAUAGACAUUCGUCUUGACGAAGAAAAGUUUUAUUUUCCUGGUGAAACUAUCAAAGGUCUUGUCAUUAUACACCCUAAAAGUGUCAUUAAAGUCAACCUGAUCCAGCUUAAAUUCUCUGGUCAAGUGCACAUUCAUUUGAAAGAAAAGGAGACAACUACCUUGUUUCAAGACACCAUUAUCUUGUCUGCCUGUCCAACAAGCCCAAAUCCUAAACAAACAACACUCGAGGCAAAAGAAUAUGCCUUUCCCUUUCAAUUCGUUGUACCCAAAAACUUGAAUUUACCUAGUUCUAUGGAGUUUGGUAAAAAAGGACACAUUCGAUACACCAUUCAUGCUUUACUCGACAGGCCAAUGCUACCCGAAUCACUUUGUCCUAAAGUCGAAUAUGUUGUUUCCUUAUUAGAAUAUAUUGAUAUUGAAAAACCUCAAUUUAAAAUACCUCAAGAAAAAUACAUCGAUAUCAUGCUUCCGAACGCAAAAUAUAAUCAAAAAUGCACGGUGAAGGCAUCUAUGCCUCGCCUUGGUUUCACAAGAGGUGACAUUGUUCCGCUUAAAGUUACUGUGGAUUAUUUUACAUCAUUUAUACGUAAGGAUGGUGUUACAGUAGAACUUGUUCGAACUGUCGAAAUCCGAACAACCAAGCACACCGUAUUCAAAGAAACUAAACUGAAAACUACCCCGUAUCCCGUCGAUAUAAAAGCGCCUAAUUACUCACAAUCUAUCAUUUGUCAGAUAUCAAUACCAACAUCUACUCCACCUUCCAUUCGGUACAAGGAUAAAAUGAUACGUUUUCAUUAUAAAAUACGAGUGUCUGUGUCCUUUGGUGAGAGAAAUACAUAUAAUCUGGAUUUACCUAUUGUGGUAGGCACUUGGCCUCGUGCUGCAGUACCGAUCGAGGAUGAUGACGAUGCAUUUGCACAUGAUAUUGAGGAUUCUGUAUUAACAGAUGGAGAAGACGAAGACGUAGAAUCCAUUGGCACGAGCUCAAUGGAUGGUUCUCGUACAAAUUCAAGUAUAUUACCUUCCUGGCAUACAAAUAACAGCUCAACUUCAACUAUCACUAAUAAUCAACACAGAUAUUCAAAUGGAAAUAUAUCAUCCGUCGGUAGAUCUGACUCUAAAGCAUCAGAUAGAUCAUUCAACUCGUUUAAAUCCACGCGAUCAUGGGAGUACAACCACCAAAAUAACUUGACUCGAAAUACAUCACAAAGUACGACCCUAUCUUCUCCUGAUAGAUUACCGUCUUAUUACUCUGAUUCAUCAUACCCCAAUCAUCAUAACAGAAGGUCAAGAUAUAUCAACCAAAAUCAAAGUCCUGUGCAAUUGGCCAACGAUGUACCAACACAUAUACUAGAACCACUGCCUAAUCAUUUCAUCCCAUUAACAUCACCCAUUCAUGAACAACAAGAACCAGAAACCUUUCAUUCCCCUUACAUUCAGCAAGACACCCCCUCUUCUUCCGAUGAUUCGGACGAUGAUGAUGAUUUAUUGGCCAUCGUCAAGCGUAAAGAGAGGAAAGAAAAAAAGCUAUUAAAGAAAUCCGCAUUGUAACAUAUCCCUCCUCCUCCCACAUUCAUUUUAAUGUAUAUUUUUAAUAA